AUGAGUCUGCGUCUGUCGACUCUCGACCCAGAUGAGCCGCGAGCAGCCAAAGAAGAGGCUCUACAGACUGUCGAACCUGUAACAGGAGACGGAUUCGGUGCGACAGAUCGCUGCCAACAUUUUGGGCAGGGAGUGGCCAGUCGAGGCAAACUCACGGGCAAAACCUUGCCUGUCCUCGAACCAGCUCCUCUGCCGGCUGCUGCUGUCCACCCCAGGGACAGUCCCAAAAGCGUAACGCCCGGAGAAUCCUCAGAUUCACGCGAUGAUGGUCUUGAAGCUUCAAUGCUGGCAGUAAACAGCGAGCCAAUCACGGUACCAUACACGCUGCGGAACGCAUUUCAACCCAGUUUCGACGAGUCUGCUCUCCACAAUCCCUUUGCGCUAAAUCUCGAUCCGUCAUCGUAUGCGCUGCCCCAGUAUCUACAGGGCAGACCGGUGAGACAGCUCAUUAGCUAUUACGAUCAUGUGGUGGCCACGGUCAUGCCCUGGGUCGACGGGCCUGAGAAUCCAUGGCGGACACUGAUGCUUCCUCUGGCGAUGCACUCGCCCUCGCUCCUUCUCGCCAUCCUGGCACUCUCGGCCGAGCAUUAUAGUUCCAGAUCAGGGUCACCUUGGCCCAUGAACGAUGGAUUUGUCUCCAGCAACUACCGUGACAAAAGUCUGCUGCUUCUCGCCGAGGAUCUGCGGACAGAGGUAUCGGAACAUGCGAGCGUGGCGCGUCACGCUCGAGCCAGCGGCAUAUUGGCAACCAUCUUGGUUCUCUGCAACCUUGAAAUGAUUCGGAGCAACUCGGCCACAUGGCGCGUCCAUUGGAAAGCCGCCCGGACCAUUACUCGGCGCUGGACGGCGCCCCACCUUGCAUCCAUCGUUCUUGACGAUACAUGUCGUUUUCUGGUUAAAGAAGCCUUUGUCUACGACGUCUUUGGCUCGUCCACCACCUUUGGCGACGACGACCAGAUCCCCGGGUCCGUCUUAGCCGAAGAGGACGCGCAGGUCUUUACGGAUUGGCUGCAACUGAUCCAAGAAGUGACUUGGGCUGAAAGAUGGCGCCACCGCGUUGCCUCGCCCGGUGCAGUCUCGCCCGAGCUGGCAAAUAUGCGUGUCUUGCAGGAGCGGUUCGAUUACGCACGAAAUCGUUCUCUGGAAUUUAGCAAGACACUUGAUUUUGGCAGCGCGGGAUUGCGGAGCGACUUUGCAGUCCUGGUUGAUAUUUUUCACUACGCUGGACUUGCAUAUAGCUUCCAGGCUCUCCUCAACCCCCAGGACUUUGCUCCUGCAAUAGAGACCUGUGUCAGCGGAGUCAUCACCAAAAUCGCCAACAUCCAAAACAAGGAGGCAUAUCAGCACGAUCUGGUAUGGCCUCUGUUUGUCGUCGGAACACAAAGCAGGUUUAACCAGAACACCCAGGCUUUUGCCGAGGCCAAGCUCCUGGAGGUGAUGAAGUCGACCGGGUUCUCAAAUUGCUACCCGGCGCUGGAAUUUCUGCGGCGCUUUUGGGAUAGUGAUCCCAGUGUGGCUGUGGAUUGGAUGCAGUUCGCUCGACAAGAAUCAAGUCAAGGUCUCCAUUUCCUUGUGAUAUGA